AUGUGCGCCAGCCAGUAUCCUUGGUGUUUCUUCACCUCUAAUCGAACUUUGGCCAAUUUAGCUCAGACGAUCGUCUUUCACUGGAAUGAUGUAGAGGCUAAGGAUCUUCCUGAAGAAGAAGUUGAAUUUGAAGAUCAAACAAACAAUCCCGAUCUUCAACAAACGAGCCCACAACGCCCACUUUGGGUUCUCUACAACCUCGAGCCGCCCUGGCUCAGCCACCAGCUCCCUGAGCUGAAUCCGGCUAAUGAGAAACCGAUCACCUUUGACCUGGUCGCCAACUACCGCUCUGACGCUACCUUGUUCAUGCCUUAUGGGCAAGUAAUUCCAAAGAAGGCGAAGAAGUCCCAAAACAAAGAAGAAAAAGUUCUUUUCUACUCAGAAAAACCGACCUUUGAAAAUAAGAGCAAACAGGCCGUCUGGUUUGUCAGCAACUGCGUCACGGCCAGUAGACGAGAGGAGUACGUUCAGCAAUUGAUGGAAAGUGCUGCUGAAGAAGAUAAAAGGGGCAACAUUUCCGUGGACAUUCUUGGCUACUGUGGUCCGGCAGAGCAGCAGGCCAGUGCCUGUGUGCCAAAGCACAGCCCCAAAUGCUAUAGAGAGAUUGAGCAGCAGUACCGAUUCUAUCUCAGCUUUGAGAAUGCUGUUUGCAAGUAG